AUGGUACUGCUUUGCGGAGUGGGGUACUACGCCUGGUACCAUGAGAUGCACAUUACCUACAUAUCACUCUGGGGGGCUGUUUGCGCUCUUGGUACUUUGCUGGAUAUUUUGGGAUUCAUCAUCCCAGUAGCCACAGGCUUAAUCAAGCUUGAGCUUCUCUCUACUGUUGUCCGCAUCGGAACGCCUUGUACUGAACUCUUGGGGGCCCUGCUCGCAUGGCAUUUGUAUAGGGAUUACCAAGUCUCGCGUGGCGAACAACCCUUCGGCAGCUUUGAUCCUUUGGGCAGGACCUUUGAAGGGUGGGAUCCAGAGUCCAACCCAAUCCUCAAGGGCCUGAGCGCAGCAGGCUUCACAGCCGAAAAGAAGUAUCAGGAGCAAUAUGGCAGCUCAAAUCCGUUUGAAACCGUCGUUGCUGACCCAUGGAAGACGGCACCAACUCAUUCACCAAAGAAGCAGAACUCUGGCUGCUGCUGA